AAACCUCCCAGCUGAAAACAAAGAUAUUUUAUUGCACUGAUGACUCCAUGAAACUCAAUCGUUGAAACGACUUCAUGGGCUGACCUUUUGUGAUUUUCUCGUUAGUCUUGCAUACAUACUGUGUUAAUUUUGUUGAUAAAGUUUGGAUUUUAUUUUAGAUAGAGACAUUAUCUUCGAAGGGUGAGUCACGUUCAUCUUUUUUUGUCACAGCGUUGAUCUUCCGGAAACAGCAGAGGAGUGAGACCUCGUGUUUCAACCUCCUCUCACUCUCAAAGCGCGCCAGCUGCCCCGCCAGUGCUGCUUGAGGGCGUGGUCAUCCGCCCAUCCUUGUGGCAGAAACUUGGAGCACAGUGCUGAUUGGCUAUAAUUGUGUGACGAAACCAAUGACCAGCGUUUUGAUUGGCUGUGGGAAUCCAGCUGCGGUAGAGCGCCAGAAAACAAGCUUGAGCGGGUGAUGCUGAAGUCACUCUGGAACAGAUAGUCCGCUAACUUCUGACUGACACUUGAGUACUCAUCUAAACUGGCAAAAUCUACCCGCUAAUUUUGAAGAGGGAAACAAGCUGCUAUGUUGGACUGAAGAAAGUACGGACUGACAAAAAAUCUGAACAUCGACCCACAUCGGGAUAUCUCAUUCAUUCAACAGCUCUUAAAGGUUUCCCAAAUGGAAGAUGUUGAAUGUCUGGCGCUGAAAGACCUCACAAGUCCGAGGAAAAGUUUCUCAGUGGAGCCCGAUGGAGCCAGGGGCCAGAAUGAACACAAAGAAAAUCUGAGCACAGAUGGAAAAAGAUCAAGCCCGCUGAAGUCUGCAGAUUCCACUGUUCCUGUUUUGCUGCCAAAUAGGAAGGGCUCCGGUUCUGACCCGACCCACAUAACUCCCAUCAAACGUACUGUCCUGGCCGAGCCAUGGACACCCACGGCCAAUCUGAAGGUGUUGAUCAGCGCGGCUAGCCCAGACAUCCGAGACAGGGAAAUGAAGAAGGUGCUUUUCAGACCGAUAGAGAAUGAUAAAGACAAGCUGGCAGCGAGUCCGGACACUUUGGUGGAGGAGAUAGAGGUGGAGGACUCCUCUCAGUCUGAAGUAGCAUUCGAAGAGGACGAUGCAGAGAAGAAGCCGAGCAGGAAGCAGAAGAGUCUGGGUUUGCUUUGCCAGAAGUUCCUGGCUCUCUACCCGGACUACCCCCCAGCUCACAGCCCCAUCUGGAUCUCACUGGACGAGGUGUCCACCAGUCUGGGAGUCGAGCGGCGGCGCAUCUAUGACAUCGUCAACGUGCUGGAGUCGCUGACGAUUGUCGGCCGGAUCGCUAAGAACAGCUACAUCUGGUACGGCCGUCAACGGCUGCCGGCCACGCUGCAGGAGCUGCAGCGGAGGGGUCGGGAGCAGGGAUACCACCUCCAGAUGGAUCUGAACACGGGGGCCAGGACAUCUGGGCGUGUCCGAGAAGAUGAUGGAGACGCGGGUAGCGCUGGAUGCAAUAGGAAGGAUAAAUCUCUGCGCAUCAUGAGCCAGAAGUUUGUCAUGCUUUUCCUGGUGUCCAAAACCCAAACCGUCACCCUGGACGCAGCGGCCAACGUUCUCAUCAAGGAGAGUCAGGACUCCUCCAGCCACAGCAAGUACAAAACUAAAGUACGGCGUCUGUAUGACAUCGCUAAUGUGUUGACCAGUUUGGGUCUCAUCAGGAAGGAGAAGGGCAGGAAGCCAGCCUUUAAGUGGCUCGGCCCGGUAGAGUUCAGCAGCUCUGCAGCAGCCACGCCCGGUGAACCCGAGGCGUCCCUGAACAACCAGGACUUGAAAAGAGCAAAGCUAUCUCGGCACGCCUCCUUCAACAUCACACCGACUCCGGUGGCUGCGCAGCGGCAGGUCAGCUCGGCUCCCAGCAGCCCUCGCUGUCACCUCUCAGGUCUGCAGAACCCGUCUGUGGACGAUUCCAGCAGGCCUCAGAGCAGAGGCGUGGUGGGUCGACUGCAGUGUGGACGCAGCUCAGACAACCUCCUCAACACAGCACUGAUCACCCCGCUCUCGCAGAGCAGCAGCUCUCUGCCCCCCUCCUCCUCCUACUACUCCUCCUCCCAUCCCUCUGUUCUGCCACUUCAGCCCCACCCUGAGCACCUCCUUAUUCCUCAGUCACACUGCUUGGCCUACCUGCCCAGCCUGUCCCAGCCCUCUGUGGUCAUGCUGUACAGGCCGCCAGGCAAGCAAGAGUGGAUGUCUGAAGGUCAGAGGUCUGCCAAGCUGCAGUCCGGUGAGGAGAGGAAGCGAAGUAGGGGGGAGAGCGAGGAGGAAGAGGAGGUUGUGCAGAAAAAGAAGGGAAGAUCUGCAGAUCAGGAUUCUGAGAAGGUGGGAGCAAACCCAGAAAGGAAAGCAGCAGAGAUUUCCCUGGUUGGGAACGCCGGGACCUCACCAAGCCUCUCAGGCCAGCCAGUGGCAUCAGACAGCAGCAGUGAGCCCGCCCAGCCAUCCCACUACCUCUAUGUCCCUAACAAUGCAGGGUUAAACAGCCUGAACUUCCUCAUCCCAGCCGGACAUCCCGCCGCCGGUGUAGCACUUCCUCCCAGCAGCGUUCCCUCCAUGGCGCUGCCAUAUGUCCUGUUACCCUCCGCCGCCCUCUCCCACUACCCCCUGAUGACCGGCGGCAUGCAGCAGCUAGGCUCUGAUAAUCCCACUAACCUGGGUUUCAGUCUGCCUGCUGUGAUGUCACCCACCCACUUCAUGGUGGGGGCGGCGCCUUACAGUGUGGCAGCGGUGCCAGAGAUCAUCGGGUCGCCACUUUCAUCACCAGUCUCUCCAGAACACAGACCAUGUAAUGCGUCUGCAGCAGGAACUCCGCAUUCUCCCUCCGGGCUGCGGGAGACCAUCAGCGUCUGGUCGGAGGACCCUCUGGUGAGACCUGCAGAACAACUCAGGGCUGAUCUGGAAUCAGACGCUUUACCAUCCAAACAUAUUCCCUGCUCUGUCUGUCUUCAGACUCCACACAGGCCCAAGGAAACCACAGCACCAUGUUCUAAAGCCUUCUUCCAGACCCCAGGAACUCUGGGAAGUGCAGUUGGCAGUGCCAGGAAGAGAGGUUCAGCUCAGAGGAGGCUGGACGUCAGCCACCCAGCUGCUGUGGAACGGGACGGAAACGCGUGUUGAACACGUUCUGCCGCGGUGGAACAUGGUUAAAAUGUUUGGUGCUGAGGUUUAAUUCAAAAACAGUAAAAAGUUGUAGUAAAGGACCGAAGUUUAUAAAAGGGAAAAUCUUAAAUGUACCACCAACUUCCUGUUUUUACUCGAUACGUGUUAUUCAUAAACGUGUUCUCUGGUCAGUUUAUCAGAAGUAGUUUCAGAGGAAAUAGAUGGAACGGUGUUUCCGGUCCAACACCACCCUCUAGUGGUGGAGUUCGUUCCUGCCGUGUGUUUUUAUUUCAGCCUGAAUUAUCUAGAUCAAGCUGCCUAAUUCCUUCUCUUUUGUAUUAUAGCCCAAUUUCUAUUUAUACUUUAGAUAAUAUAUGUUGAUUACAUGACUGUAAUAGAACGUUUAUCCUUUCUUAGCACUAAGUUUUCAUCAAAUGUAAAAAGAUUCAAUGUUUCGUGGCCUUUCAUUGUGUUACAGUAUGAAGGCGUAAAAGGAAUUCUGUGUGUUGAUGUGUAGGACAAUCGUCCUUUGGCUCAUUGAAAUGUUUCUGUAAGGAGGAGAAGGAGGGGAAAUCACUAAAGCCUUAAAUGUUUACAGCCUUGCACAGAUCUGAACUGUUGGGUUUACUCCUCAGGAGGGCUGGUGUGACCUGAUCUGUGCAAUCUGAAUGCUUUAACACCAAACCGCGGCACUGUUACUCGUGACUAAAAUGUGACAAUGCCCUCAGGUACUUGAGCGAUGAAUACAAUAUAUUUAUAUCAGAGUACUGUAAGAAAAGAAAAUCCUUUAAUUAUAGAGGGUGUAUGGUUCUUCUAGCAUUCAGCUUUUAUUAAAAUCAGCAACGACAGAAACACGUAGCUUCUUAGGUUUGGUGCUGUUAGAAACUUGGUUGGGAUAAAAAUGUCUAAAAAUUUAAUUCCCUAUGGAGUUCAUUUUAGAAGGGUUUUAUUGCCAAAACGGGUCUAGAUCCUCCACUCUGGACAUCGUCACGUUUAUUUUCAUUUAAAACUGUUAUAUGCAGAAGAUUAAAUGCUGCUUUGUUUAGAAAAUAAACUGCCCCCAUUUUCAGUUGCAUCUCCCCCUCGGUCUCUCACUAACAUGAAAUAAACAGAUGUUUUUGUAA